GCUGAUGCUGCGGGGAGCGAUUUAUUGCGACUUCCGUCGAGUCGAAAUGAAACGCGGCCAAGCAGAAGGGACAAGGACGCUGAAAUAACUCAAAGGAGGACGGUAAAGCUCAUCUGAGAUGCUCGACCAGAGAUUUCUCGGCAAGGGGAUUUGCGUCCGGUGUGUGCGUCUCCGCUCCUUUAACGAAAAACACGGUUUGCCUCUGAGCUAAGUCGAAACAGAUGCGCCGGUCGUUCACGGGAUUAUUUAUCAGUGUCAGUGUAUGACACCGUGCAGCGGUGACAUUCUCAUCUGAGAAGCACGGGGAGACUCCCGCAGACUUCAGGACUUCACAAACUGUCUAUAUAAGAUCAUAUGAGUGCAGCUUUCAGUUCCCCGUUCAUGAUGAUGCAGCGUCCGGUGGGAAGCACCACCGCAUUCAGCAUUGACUCGCUCAUCGGAGGUCCACCGCAGCCCAGUCCGGGACAUUUCGUGUACACGGGCUAUCCCAUGUUCAUGCCCUAUCGGUCGGUGGUGCUGCCUCCGCCUCCUCCGCCACCUCCUCCAGCUCUCCCGCAGAGCGGUCUCCCCGCGACCCACCCGCACCACCCGAUCCCGGGCUUGCCCAGCGGCUUCUGCUCCAGCCUGGCGCAGGGCAUGGCGCUCACAUCCACGCUGAUGGCCACCUUACCCGGCGGCUUCUCCACGUCGCCAUCCCAGCAGCACCAGGACGCGGCGAGGAAGCUCGGCUCUCAGUCCAUUCAUGCCAUGUUCGAUAAAUCUCAGGAUAUCCGUUUGGACGGAGAGGAUGGGAAAACGUUCCCAACGAAAGAAUCGGCGACCCUUCCUUCAUUUCACGACUCGCAGUCCGUGCACACCUCCACAGCGCGAGGUCACAACAAAGACGACGCGAAGGAGGACGAGUGCCACAGGAAAGACGAGAGCUUCUCCAUGGACAGUGAUUUAGAUUACAGCUCCGACGAUAACGGGCCCGGGAACGCCAUGUGUCAGAAAGAAGACGGAGACGCCGGCGGAGGAAUGGACGAUGGCAUCCACGGCGGGAACGGGGCCGGGAACACCACGUCCACCGGGAAAAACCGGAGAAGGAGAACCGCUUUUACGAGCGAGCAGCUCUUAGAACUGGAGAAGGAGUUUCACUGUAAGAAAUAUCUAUCCCUCACAGAACGCUCACAGAUCGCCCAUGCCUUAAAGCUCAGCGAGGUGCAGGUCAAGAUCUGGUUUCAGAAUCGAAGGGCCAAGUGGAAACGGGUCAAAGCGGGCAACGUGAACUCCAAAACCGGAGAGCCCUCCAGAAACCCCAAAAUUGUGGUUCCCAUUCCGGUGCAUGUCAGUCGGUUUGCGAUACGCAGCCAACACCAACAGUUAGAACAGGCCAGACCUUGAUAGGCUGGGGUUAGAUACUGGAGGACUAAGAGACAGAUCAGCGAAGGCUA